AUGGCGGACAUGGACAGGACGAAGCCCUGGGUGGUCAUGCCACUGUACUACUACCCACUGGACGAGGCCACAUGGAAGCCGCUGUACGACGCCGCCGCGUCCUACCCCGACGUCAACUUCCUCGUCGUCGUCAACCCCAACAGCGGCCCUGGGACGGAGCCGCUCCCCGGCAAAGACUACGCCCGCGAGGUGCCGCGGCUCAACGCCUUCCCCAACGUCCACGCCGUCGGCUACGUGCGCGUCGACUACUGCAGGAAGCCUCUGGCCGACGCCUGCGCCGAGAUUGACCGCUACGCCCGCUGGCGCCGGCACCCCGACGCGCCGCCGGGCCUCCACGUCGAGGGCAUCUACGUCGACGAGACGCCCAACCACUACUCGCCCUCGGCGGCGCGGUACCUCGACCACGUCCGCCGCCUCGUCAAGGCCAGCGACGGCCUGGCCGGCGAGCGCUCGACGGUCGUGCACAACCCCGGGACGCCCCCGGAGGGCGAGCUCGCGUCAUUUGGGGACCCUGACCUGGUGUGCGUCUGCGAGGAGCCGUACCACCUCUUCCAGGGGGACGGCCUGCAGAGGCGCCUGGUCGACUGGGCGCCCGAACACGAGCGCUGCGUGUACCAGAUCUCGGGCGUGCCCCAGGACGAGCUGCCCGCCGCCGUGCACGACCUGUGCCGCCGCGGCCGGUACGUCUUCGCCACCGACCUGGUCGACGACUUUUACGAGAGUUUUGGGCCCAGCUGGCCCGGUUUUGUGGCCGCCAAUGAAUCGCCCCAGCUCUUCGUCUGUGCGCCGUGGCGUCGCGCCAAGGCACCUCUUCCAACUCUCGCCUUGGCCGGAAGCGCUCCCGGACGGCAUUUGGACCACAGUGGCGUCAAGGAUCGAUGGUAUUCGCGCUCGUGGAGCACCCGCUUGUCCAGCUCGUCCUGGUCUUGCCCUGUUUCAUCUCGCCUUGCUGUCCGCUGGUUGGCCGACUAG